GCUUCCCUAACAGAGAUUAGAGCAGCUUCCCAAUGAAAUAACUGUAGGAAGACCAAAAGUGGCAGCCCUCUAGGCAACAGACAGAGAGCUGUGAUGUCAAAGCUGUGGUAACCUUAGUAAGUGUGACAUUUACUGGGCAGAAUGUGAAUUCCUAUUCUGUUGCAACACAAAGGCAGAGAGGCACAUCUUUUUUCUUUUGCCCAUACGUUUGGAGCCAAAGGCAAAAAACAAAGAGAAUACAUUCUCAGCUAUGAUCAAGCAGAAUUUGAAAUCCUACAGCUGGGCAGUGCCCCGUCUUCUGAUUUCUAUCUGUUUGGCUGUUUAUGCUGGUGUUGGAAAUGCAGCCAAGGAGAACAGAGCUAUCUCAACCCAUUCACCUGCCGCUUCCCCCACGACAGUGUUUCACACAUACGGAAUGAGUCUUGUGUCUCCAUCUGUGUCUCAGAGCCCAAGCAGAGAGAAAGCUAAAGAGGGUGAAACGGUGACCCUUGGAUGCCGGUUCCGAAGUUCCCAUGGCUCAUCUUUGAAUAACCUAACAGUGAAAUGGUACAAGGAGGAUGAAAAAGGGUCGAGGGACCUAAUGGAAAACAACAUCACUGUAUUGGCAAACUAUACCAGAGCAUUCCUGAUAGGGGAUUUAUCUGAAGGCAAUGCAUCUUUGACUAUCUUAAAUGUGACAACCAGCGAUCAUGGCACUUAUUUCUGCCAGGUGAUCCUUUCCAAUGGAGAUGUGGUGACAGGAGGUGGCACAAAGCUCAGGAUCCACAGGGCGCUGGGAUUGUUUGGCAUAGAAGAAUCCAUUGGAACAAUCAUUGGCGUGGUGGCAGCUGGCGUUGGAGGUGUGUUAGUUCUAAUAGUAGUUUUAACUCCUCAGCUGAGGAAGUGCCUUCCAUGUGCUAAAGCAACGUCGAACCAAGCAUAACUUGGACAGCAUGGUUAAAGUAAUUGCCAGAUGUGCCACCAACUAUAUAGUUUUUUGAAUGUAAGCAAAAUUGUCAGUUGUUUGAGUGUUUUCUAUAGUGUACCUAAAAAUGGUGU